UCUAGAUUUUGCUUACAAGAAUGUGCUGCAUGAAUAUCCUGAUGUUUUUCAAAAGUGUGGCCAUUCGACGACACAUCGAUAAUGAUACAAGUAUAAAAAUUGAAAUGUAAUUACAAAGCAGUUAGAUCUUGGGCCUCUCAAGAGAUGAUCGCGACUCUUCUGCUGAUCACGCUAAGUGUGAUAGCGUACUCUGUGUACCACUUUUCCAGACGUAAGUUCACGUAUUGGGAGAAGAGGAAUGUUCCACAUUUAAAACCAAAAACAAUCUUUGGAAACUAUGAAAACUUCAUUUUACAAAAGGAGAACUUGGGAGAGAAUACUCGGAAGCUAUGUGAGACUUUCCCUGACGCACCCCUCAUCGGCGCUUACUAUGGAACAGAACCCUCCCUCAUCGUUCAAGACCCUGAGUUAAUCAAACUGGUCACUACAAAGGACUUCUACUACUUCAGUGGCCGCGAAGUCUCAGAACACUCUCACAAGGAAAUGUUCACACGUAACCUCUUCUUCACUUAUGGUGACAGAUGGAAGGCUCUACGUCAAAAUCUGUCUCCUAUUUUCUCCUCCUCGAAAAUGAAACAAAUGUUCCAUUUGAUCGAUAAUUGUUCUUUUGUACUUGAAAACAUGCUGGACCAAGAAGCGAAGACAUCAAAGGGCCUCGAUGUGAAGAUAAUUUUGACGAGGUACACAAUGGAUUGCAUCUGUUCCAGCGCGUUUGGAGUGGAAGCGCAAGCUAUGGUGAACACGGAAAAUAACGUUUUCAAUCACAUGGGGGAGCUCGUCACUGAAUCUUCACCUGCUGCUGCUUUCCGAAAUGUAUGUAAAACUAUUUGGCCAUCGCUCUUCUACGGUUUGGGAUUCACGGUGUUUUCAAAAGAAAUUGAUGAUUUCUUCAAUAAACUGCUAACCCAAAUUUUCAACUCGCGAAACUAUGAACCUACAACUCGAAACGACUUCAUUGAUUACAUGUUGAAGAUGAAGAAAAACAAGUUGGUCGGAGACAGUUUGAACAAUCUGAAGUCCGAUUCGGCAUCGAAAGUAACUUUGGAUAUAGAUGACGAGUUUUUGAUAGCGCAGUGUGUUCUGUUCUUCGUCGCCGGCUUUGAAACAACAUCGACUACAUUGAUGUUCACAUUGUUUGAAUUAGCAAAGAACCCUGUAAAGCAGGUUAAAGCGAUUGAAGAAGUGGAUGAAUACUUGCGUCGUCAUGGAAACAAGCUUAAGUAUGAGUGUGUUGCGGAGUCUUUGUACCUGGAUGCGUGCGUGGACGAGACGCUUCGCCUGUACCCGGUGCUGGGCAUGGUGGGUCGAGAGACUGUACAGGACUACGUGUUCCCAUCAGGUGUGAAGAUCGACAAGGGCAUGCGAAUAUUUCUACCGCUGUACCAGUUGCAUUACAACCCGGAAUACUUCCCUGAACCGAAGGAGUACCGGCCGGAGAGGUUCUACGGCGAGGAGAAGCGCAACAUCAAGCCCUACACGUACAUGCCAUUCGGUGAAGGUCCGAGGAUUUGUAUAGGUAUGAGAUUCGCUAAAAUGGUGAUGAUGGCUGGUCUCAUAACGAUUUUGAAGAAAUAUAGAGUGGAACUACCACCAGGCAUGAAGACGGAUGUAAACUUUGAUCCAAAACCCGUUGUCACUCAGCCGAUGGGGGGAAUCGAACUGAAAUUCAUUGAACGAGAGGGAUGGGAAACAAGGGUCUUGGCGAAGUAAAGUCAAAAAAAAUAUUUUAUGUUAAUAAAAGUUAUAAUAAUUUACAAAUUAUUUUUUUCCGUAUAUCGCAAUCUGAGGCGAGGAUAUCACAUCGCUUUAUAAAAAUGUAACACUUACUGACAUUCUGUAUAUUUACUAUAAAUUGUGUAA